CGAAUCAACAUGGCGGCUUUCUGAGUUUAUGAAGAAAAGCUAAGGUGUAAUUUAACACUGUACACAUAUUUUCAUUGUAUUUGAAAUUUUAUUUUUGUCAUUGAUGACUUAAUGAACAGCAGAAAGAAAAUGUCAAGUGAAGGCAAUAAAAAACAGUUCUGGAAAAGGAACACAGCAAAGGUCCCUGGCAGCAUACAACAUGUGUAUGGAGCUCAGCAUCCUCCCUUUGACCCUCUCCUUCAUGCCAAUUUAAUCAAAGCUGGAAACAAGCCACCGCUGACACCAGGUAAACCAAAGAAAGCCACCACCUUCCAGGAGUUUGAGAGCAUCACCAGUGAUGCAUGGGAUGUUGGCGAUGACGAUGAUGAACUGCUCGCCAUGGCAGCCCAGAACCUGAACAUUGAGGUUGUCAUGGAGACCGCCAACAAAGUCAUUGAGAAUCACAGCAAACUCCAAGAGCGGCAACAACAACAACAACAGCAGCAGCUGCAGCUGGACGACGUGUUUGAGCCAGAGGACAAAGAGGUAGAGGAAGAGGUGGUUCAGGAGGACGCUGAGGAGGUCGAUGGCGAGGAGGAGGAAGGGGAGCACGAAGAAGCAGCCGAGACCGCCGCCGAGCUGUCCUUUAGCUCUGAGGCCGGUUCACAUGGUGACAGCCGCCUUGUGAAGUCCUUCAGUGAAGCCCCCAUUGGCUCUCCAAAGGAGCUGGCAGGUGAGCAGGCUCUACACCGGCAGCAGUCCCUGCCCCACAGGCCUGUGAUUCCGCUGGUGGCUCGCAUGGCUGACCAGAACACCUCCGGCACCCCGGCCAUGACUGAGAGGGAAGCCUCCCGUCUGGACAAGUUCAAGCAAGUCCUUGCUGGACCCAACACAGACCUUGAGGAACUGCGGAAGUUGAGUUGGUCUGGGAUUCCUCGGCAGGUCAGGCCCAUCACGUGGAAAUUGCUCUCAGGGUACCUCCCAGCCAACGCAGAGAGGAGGGAGAGCACGCUGCAGAGGAAGCGUCAGGAGUAUUUCGGCUUCAUCGAGCAAUACUACGACUCCCGCAACGACGAGCACCACCAGGACACCUACAGACAGAUUCACAUAGAUAUUCCCCGGAUGAGUCCGGAGAGUUUAGUGCUGCAGCCCAAAGUCACAGAGAUUCACAUUGACAUACCAAGAACUAAUCCUCUUAUUCCUCUCUUUCAACAAGCUUCUGUGCAAGAGAUCUUCGAGCGCAUCCUCUUCAUCUGGGCCAUCCGCCACCCCGCCAGUGGCUACGUGCAGGGCAUCAACGACCUGGUCACACCAUUCUUCGUUGUUUACGUCUUUGAAUACAUAGAGGAAGAGGUGGAAAAUUUCGAUGUUUCCAGCCUGCAGGAGGACGCUCUGCGGAACAUCGAGGCGGACAGCUUCUGGUGCAUGAGCAAGCUGCUGGACGGCAUUCAGGACAACUACACAUUUGCGCAGCCAGGAAUCCAGAGGAAAGUGAAGGCCCUGGAGGAGCUGGUCAGCCGGAUCGAUGAUACGGUGCAUCGCCACCUGCAGCAGUAUGAGGUGGAGUACCUGCAGUUUGCCUUCCGCUGGAUGAACAACUUGCUGAUGAGGGAGCUGCCCCUGCGCUGCACCAUCCGACUCUGGGACACCUACCAGCACGUUGGGGGUGCUAAGGAGCAUGGUGAUUUUUCUCCAGGCUGUCCUGGGGAAGAAGACAGCACAGAGCCCCUUAAAGGGGCAGUGGGCAUUUGUGGGCCACUGCUAUACAUGGAGGCGGCUGACUUGGGGGGGCCCCCUGUGGCGUCAUGUGUUGAGCCGCGUCUGAUCGCUGCCCACACGUGCACACGGCGGCCGGUGGUGGUGAUGCAGCGCGGGCCUCCCGCGGGUCGGGAAAGACCACUCUGCUUGGCAUUCUCCGCCCGUGUGCCAGUGGCCAGAGGCAUCCAUCCUCGACCCCCACCACCUACAGCCCCCGCCCAGACAGCCCCCACCACCUACAGCCCCCGCCCAGACAGCCCCCACCACCUACAGCCCCCCGCCCAGACAGGCCCCAGGGCCUAG